AUGAUCGAUCACGUGUUAGCCGCUGACCUGGUUAUCGUCCUGUCUUCCACUUCGAAGACAAAACGGGACGGGGCGGCCUUCGGGAACGUCUUCACUGACCACAUGCUGACUAUAGAGUGGAGUGAAAGUGAGGGCUGGCAGGCUCCUCUCAUCAAGCCCUUUGGGAAUCUGUCACUCCACCCGGCUGCUUGUCACUACACUAUGGCGUACAGGCAGGAAGAACUCAGACUAGUAAACUACGGAUGUUCUUUGUCCGCCCAGUAUGAAGCAAAGGAUCAUGGGUGCCAGCAGGUGCUGUGGCUGUACGGGGAGGACCACCAGAUCACAGAGGCAGGCACCAUGAACAUCUUCCUGCACUGGAUCAAUGAGGAUGGAGAGGAGGAACUUGCAACUCCACCUCUGGAUGGCAUCAUACCCCCAGGGGUAAUCAGACCUAGCGUCCUGGAACUGACCAGGAAAUGGUUUAAGGUGACAGAGGGCUACCUGACCAUGAGCCAGCUGCGCUCCGGUCUGAAGCAGCAGCGGGUCAAAGAGGUAUUUGGCUCCGGUACUGCCUGCAUGAUCCGUCCAAUUGGACGCAUUGUUUCCAAGGGCGAGAACUUGCAGAUCUCCUGUCAGGAUAAAACCCCAACGUUGGCUUCACGGAUAACAAAGGACCUCCCAGAUGUACAGUAUGGACCCACGCCCGGCGACUGGACCCUCCCGGUGGAGCGGUGA